AUGGCAUCCAUUCUAGCUGUUGGCACUGCAAAUCCACCCAACUGUUUCGACCAGGCUGACUAUCCAGACUUCUACUUCCGAGUCACUAAAAGCGAGCACAUGACUCAGUUAAAGGACAUGUUCAAGAGAAUAUGUGAAAAAUCCAAAAUAAGGAAACGUUACAUGUAUCUCACCGAAGAUACUAUCAUGAAGAACCCAAGCUUAAGCACCUACGAUGCCGCGUCUUUCGACGCACGUCAAGAAAUUCUGGUCACUGAGGUCCCCAAGCUCGGCAAGGAAGCAGCAAUGAAGGCCAUUGAAGAAUGGGGCCAGCCCAAAUCGAAGAUCACCCACCUUAUAUUUUGCACUUCUUCAGGUAUCCAUAUGCCGGGUGCAGAUUAUGAGCUUACUAAGCUCCUUGGCCUUGAACGUUCUGUCAAGAGAUUCAUGAUGUAUCAACAAAGAUGCUUCACAGCAGCCCUAGCCCUCCGCCUUUCCAAAGACCUUGCUGAGAAUAAUCCCGAAGCACGUGUUCUCGUCGUGUGUUCUGAGAACAUGACUGUUUGUUUCCGGGCACCAUCUGAGACUCACUUGGAUAUUCUUGUAGGCUCUGCGAUUUUCUCUGACGGUGCUGCUGCUGUCAUUGUUGGGGCUGAUCCUGACACAGCUACCGAGCGCCCUUUAUUUCAACUUGUGUCAGCGGAGCAGUGUAUUGUUCCUGACUCGGAUGAUGGAAUAGUUGGUCACAUACGUGAAAUGGGGAUGUCCUAUUACUUGCAUAAAAUGGUGCCCAAAAUCGUUGCGAAAGGCGCUGCGCAAUGCUUGGUAGAGACAUUCAGUGCUCGAUAUGGGAUCAAGGACUGGAAUUCUCUGUUUUACAUUGUCCAUCCUGGAGGUCCAGGCGUUUUGAACAAGUUUGAAGAGCACAUUGGCUUGACGAAAGAUAAAUUAAGAGCAACUCGGCAUGUGCUAACUGAGUAUGGAAACAUGUGGAGUCCAAGUGUGUUCUUCGUUCUAGAUGAGAUGAGGAGAAGAUCAGCCAAGGAAGGGAAAGCCACCACUGGAGAAGGAUUGGAUCUAGGUGUGCUGUUCGGGUUCGGCCUGGCGUAA